AGCUGCACGCCUAGUCGAGGCCCAAAACACCAUGAUAUCUCUUCAUGAGACAAAUGAAGAGCCAUUGCCGACGCCGAGGCGAAGAUCCUCCCUGUUGAUCAAGCUCGGGACCAAUAGAAGACUUUUCUUUUGUUUCUCUCCUUCUGUCUUUCGAUAUUAUCAUCUUCAAAGUUUGGAUAGAUCAGGAUGGGUACGGACCGCCAAAUGGAAGAAAGAAAAAGAAAGAAAACCACCACCAAAAGCCCAGGGAGAAGAAAGUGAACGCGAGGCCGAGUCGUACAAACAAUCACACCCAUGGCACACCCACCUGCCUCCUAAGAAUGAUGAUAUUGUACUUUCAAGCAAGAGAAGCUGCAGGCUGAACUUUGUUGUUUAUUUCACCUAGCAGCAGGCCCCGGGAGGUGCUUUGUGGAUAACUCGGGAUGUCGAGGCUACAAGACGCGAGCUUUCUUUUCCUCCUUCUCUCUCAUGUAUAGUGGCAACCACGGCUUAAGUGGAUCCUCUGCCGCCGACCACCGAUGCCAACUUUUGGUUUAAGACAGAGGAGAAAGAAAGGGAAGGAGAAAGGGGAAACUGUGAGAUGAACACCUGACAGUCUUCUUUUUACCUCUCUGGACUUACUACACGGUCAAUAUCUAUAUAGAAAUUAUUAGAAUCCCUUUUGUAUUCUCAAGUUAGAAUGGACCCUCCCC